AUGUCGACGCCCUUCUCUAUCAUACCCGAGCGGUCCUCCUCCCCGUCUGCUGAAUCCGACGGCUCUCUCGUGACACUCUUGUCCUUCGUAUAUGAGGAAGUGGUGGUCGAGUCGCCCGAUGUGGGACCGGGAGUGCAGUCGAAGGACGCGGCGAUCUCCCACCCCGAUUCGGAGCCGCCCGCUUGUAUCAUCCGAAAGCAUGAGAGGUACUACUUCGAAGACCGCACUGUGAAGCUCCUGGUCGAUAACACCUUAUACAACGUGUCGCGCACUCCUCUUUUACGACACUCGGAGUGGUUCCGCCAGCGCCUAGAGCAGGCCCCCGAGUGUCUUCCACCCGGGUGGACCACUCUUCCUAUUCCUAAUAGAUCAACCAUGUUCGUGAAUCACGCUAUGGAGAUCGUGCAGGCCGAACGACCAGGCGUCUCGCUCAAGGAUAUGCCGGAGUACGAGGGCGCUUUCCACCUGUACGGCGCGGACGAGACGGAGUUCGACGCGCUCAUGGGGGUUCUUUAUCCUGAGGCUUACAAUGAGCUGAACCUUACGAUUGACCAGUGGACCGCCGUGCUUAAGCUCGCGACGCUUUGGUCCUUCCUUUCCAUCCGUACGCUCGCCGUCCAGCGUCUCGGACAACUGCUUGCCACUGCGCCGCUCGAGCGCCUCAUUCUUGCGCGCACGUACGACAUCUACGACUGGAUCGAGGGCGCCUGUUGUGAACUCAUCGAGCAAGAUUUCCCGUCCAUCGAGGAAGAACUUGUGCGACUGCACGUUGCGGACCUGGCCCAUAUUGCGAUAGAACGCGAGUCCCGUGCCAACGCUCGGGCAAUAUCUGAUCUUCGCACGGAGCCUUUGCUCACGAAGGCCUUUGAGAACCUCGAUACGGUGCGGCGCAAAGAGAAAGAGGAGAAAGAGAGGCAGGCCGAGCAGAAGGCUGCCGAGGAAGCCCGCGUUGCAAAGGAGCGGAAAGAAGCGCACGAGCGUCAGGAGAAGGAGCGCGUGCGCCGGGACAAGGACAGAGCGCAGCUGAGGAAGGAGAAGGAAGAGUCGGCUCGCAAGACGGCAGCAAAGCUAGCCCAACGCGAGGCCGCCGCCGAAGCUGCACGGAAGGCUCUGGAGGAGCGUGACGCUGCCGAUGUGGCCGAGAGCAAGGUGAAGGCGGAGCGUGAGCUUGCAGAGGUGCUCGAGCGCAAAGUCAAAGCUGCGCGAGAGCUAGCUGAGCUCAACACCAGGAGCCAAGGGGCGAUGAGCGAGUGGGCGCAGUUCGCGGCGUUCUUCUCCGGACUGGGCGAUGGCAAGUCGCGCUCUCCCGCGCCCCCUGUACCUGCAGGUUUGGCGUAG